AUGUUAACCGCUGACGCCUUGUGGCCUUCCAAAGGUGGGAUGAUCCUAAAAAACAUUUUUUUUUCUUUAAACCUUAAUCAGACUCAUCAAUUCUGCUUUGAAGCUGAAGCAGCAGUAGAUUUGGGGAGAACUGGUGUCCUUCCAGAUAUAAGUAUUAGAAGUGCUGAAAGUGUCUUCAUACUAAAUAUGGAACCUUUAAACAAACUUUGUCUAGCAGCUCUCACCCUUUCAAUUGUGUUCCUUACAAUUCUGUGGUACAAAUUGACAUCACACAAGGAAGAACCCAAGCUGCCACCAGGGCCUCGUGGUCUUCCAAUUGUGGGAUUCUUACCAUUCCUCCGCACCAAUUUGCAUCACCAGCUCACGGAGUUGUCUCAACAAUAUGGUCCAAUUUACAAGUUUUGGUUAGGAAGCAAACUAUGUGUUGUGUUGAAUUCACCAUCCUUAGCCAAAGAAGUUGUUCGUGAUCAAGAUUCUGUUUUUGCUAACCGUGACCCUCCAAUUGCAGGAUUAGUAGGUACUUAUGGUGGACUAGAUAUUGGAUUUUCUCCCUAUGGCUCCUACUGGCGUGAGAUGCGCAAACUGUUUGUAAGGGAGAUGCUAAGCAACAAUAACCUUGAGGCCUGUUAUAGCCUUCGGAGACGCGAGGUCAGAAAGACAAUCAGAAAUGUGCAUACCAAGAUUGGUUACCCCGUUGACAUUGGUGAAUUGGCCUUUGUAACUGAAAUGAAUGUAGUCAUUAGUAUUAUCUUUGGCAGCAAAUUUGUCGAGGAGACAGAGAAGCAUAGUACUGAUGGAACUAAAUUCAGGGAAUUGGUGAUGAAAUAUGGUCUAGUGAUGGGAAAGCCAAACAUAUCAGACUUCUUCCCUAUGCUUGCCAGGUUUGACUUACAAGGAAUACAGAAAGAGAUGGAGGCUCUUUUGAAGUUGUUUGAUAGUAUAUUGGACCCUGCCAUAAGUGAAUGCAUGAAGAUGCUUUCGGACCAAAGAGAGGGUGAAAUCCAGGGGAAUGAGAAGAAACAUCUUAUACAGAUCCUGUUAGAGCUAAUGGAGCAGAAAGACUUUGGUAUAUCACUGGACUUGGUGAAAAUUAAAGCCAUCUUGGUGGACAUUGUGAUUGGUGGGACUGACACUACAAUCACGACGGUUGAGUGGGUAAUGUCUGAGCUUCUGAAUAAUCCAGAGAUAAUGUCAAAGGUGCAGUAGGAAUUGAAACAUGUUGUAGGGAUGAAUAAUAUUGUUGAAGAAUCCCAUUUACCAAAUCUGCACUAUCUUGACGCUGUUUUAAAGGAGACGUUACGUCUACACCCUGCAUUACCACUGCUUCUCCCAAAGCGCCCAAGCCAAUGUGCAAUAGUAGGUGGAUACAAAAUACCUGAGGGAACUAAAGUAUUCUUGAAUGUUUAUGCAAUUCAUAGGGAUCCUCAAGUGUGGGAAAGUCCACUAGAAUUCCAACCUGAAAGGUUCUUGAGUGCCUCGACGAAUUUAGACUAUGCUGGAAAUAAUAUGAAGUACCUUCCAUUUGGAUCAGGGAGAAGAAUUUGUGCUGGAAUUCCUUUAGCAGAGAAAAUGCUUAUGUUUAUAUUGGCUUCAUUGCUUCAUUCCUUUGACUGGAAACUCCCUGAGGGAGAAAACGUUGAUCUUUCGGAGGGAUUUGGACUCGUCCUAAAGAAAAGUGAGAGGCUAUUGGUCAUCCCUACUCCCAGGUUACCGAAUUUCGAGCUAUAUCAUCAGUAA